AUGAGGUUUGUCACCGUCAUUGUCCUCUGCUCUUUGUUCCUGGGAGUCAGUGGUGAUGGCUUGUUUUCAUUCUUCAAGGAAGCCAUACAAGGGACUUGGGACUUGUACAGAGCCUAUCGGGACAACCUAAGAGCUAACUACCAAAACUCAGACCAAUACUUCUAUGCUCGUGGGAACUUCGAGGCCCAAAAAAGGGGAUCUGGGGGCGUCUGGGCUGCUAAAAUAAUCAGCACUGGCAGGAAGUACUUCCAGGGCCUCAUGAACCGGUAUUAUUUUGGAAUCAGGGACCAUGGGUUGGAAAGCCUGCAGUCUACUCAGAAAGCCGAGGAAUGGGGCCGCAGAGGCGAAGACCCCAACCACUUCAGACCCGAGGGCCUUCCUGAGAAUUACUGA